AUGCUCGAAAAGUCUGUUGGCCUGCACAAUGAGCUCAUGGAGAACUUGCGUGCUGGUGCUGCUGAAGAGGAGCGGCGGCGGCGAGAGGCAGCGGAGGAGGAGCGCCUCUGGCGGGAAGAACUCGAGACGGCGGAGAACAGCAAAAUGUCAGACGAUAUUGACGAAGCUGGCCGAGACCGAUAUGUACCACCACCGCCGCCACCCUCGCAACCGCAACCACUGCACGGCGAGGGCGGCCAGGGCGCUGGCGAGGAGGCAGCGGAGAAGCUGCUGGGAGAGAUUGACGCGGCGCUUCAAGACGUCGACCUCUCUUCCGACUCAGAAGCCGACUUGGACGAGGCAGGGUCGCCUCGAAAGCAAGACGCGACACCAGCAGGAAUCACUGACGAGCCGCCUGGUGGCUCACCAUUGCCGCGUGUGCCGCCACGGCGGGCAGGCUCCGAGGCCUCUUUGAGUACCUUCGACCCCGAGGAGGAGGAGGAGGACGCCCCCCCACCUGAGGCCGAGGUAUCGGAGGUGCUUCUCUCUUUCGUCCAAUGCGCGAUUCCUUGGCUAAAGCGAGCGGUGCGACCCGUGGUCUCCUCCAUGUUGCGUGACGCGUCGCUGCAGCUCGACAUGGUCGGCGAAGCUGCGGGGCUCGCCCGCGGCCGACGCUUCACGCUGCGCCCGUCCACAAAGCCAACGGCCGAGAUUGACAAGCAGUGCUCAAAACUGCGCGUGCGAACUAAGGCGCUUCUAGAAGUGGUGCUCGAAGCGCUGUCCGAUGCUCCUGCGCCAAUGCUCGGCCACCUACGCUAUCUCACCUCGCGGCGGCUACACUGGCCCAACGACGCCCUGAUGCCGUCCGUUGCUGGGACGCUCGAGCCGCACCACGAUGGGUCCUCUUCGCCCACGGCCACAUCGCCGCUUGCCAUCACGAUGCAGCUGCUCAUUGUGCGCGUGCUGUGCGAGGAGCUGCUGCUGCGGCCGCGGGAGAACGCGCUGGCUAAGGCACUCACGCCGACGCGUCAGGCAAACCUCAAAAUGGUGGCCUGCCUCACCCUGGUUGUCUUUGUCUGCGCGCGGAACGGAACCACCGACGUCACGCGAGUGCAGCGUCUGCUGGAAGCAGAGGAGCCGGCCGGCAGUGUGGCUGUUCCGUACUACUAUGGGAAUCCUCGGCGCUACCAGAAGGAGCUCGGCCGGCUGAACGAGUCCUUUUGA